GUUUAAAUACCUUUGCAGGGGCAUGCAUAUCGCCAGGUAAUCCGUCAGACAUACACAAUGGCAAUGAACUCUGUAAAGAUUCCUGAUAAAGUGAGUCCCAUCACGACAUUUAUUGCCGAAUUGCCUGAUGAUCUCAUCCCGCAACCUCACGAUUCGCCUUCAAGGCCUGGGCCGGCGUCAAGACGGCUGGUGAUUGUCGGUGACGUCCAUGGAGCAAGGAGAUCUUUAGAAGUGCUGUUGGAUAAAGUUGGCUUCGAUAGGGCCAAGGGCGAUCAUCUCAUCCUGGUGGGAGACCUGGUUAAUAAAGGUCCCGACAGUCCUGGUGUCAUCGACCUGGCCGUCAAACUGGGUGCCAGCGCCGUCAGAGGCAACCAUGAUAACGCAGUUCUCGUCGCUGCUUCGGCCAUCCAGGCAGCGAAACUUGACUCAGCAUCGGCUGGAACUGCCUCAAGAAGCCCCUCAACUCCAAGCUCGAGCUCAGUUAUCGAUCUCGAAAAGCCGUCCGAGAAACCUCAAGAGGACGGCAAACCGGAUGCUGGGGUGAAGCCCCCGUCGACGUCUACCAUCACAGCAGCUACCCUCUCCAACCACCAAAUCGACUGGCUCGCCUCUCUACCUUUGAUCCUACGCAUAAAGUUGGCCCCACGUCCGCAGUCAUCGCUUGGCAACAUCGUCGUCGUCCACGCAGGCCUGGUUCCCGGUAUCCCUCUUGAAGAGCAGAACCCACACGCCAUCAUGCACAUGCGUAGCCUCGACAUGUCUGGCGAUACUAUCGUGCCGGCAGAAGCGGACGGAGACGAAGGCUGGGCAGCUGCGUGGGAUCGCUCACUAGAAAAUCUCGGAGCGGGUGAAAUGCCAACGACAGUUGUGUUUGGGCAUGAUGCGAAGCGUGGUCUGCAGCUGGGCAAAUACACAAUUGGGCUGGACUCCGCCUGCGUGUAUGGCAAGGAGCUGAGCGCACUGGUAAUUGAGACGACGGAAAAGGGGAUUGAACAUCGCAUUGUUCAAGUACCGUGCGCAGACCCAGCAGUAACUCCGAAGAAGUGAGGAGUCGGAUUUCUGAUGGUUGAUAUGGUGAAGCUACCUGUUUUACUAAAGUUGUACUUUAUUUUUCAGCUACUGUCUCUUCUGGUCUAGGUGUAGCACUAAACGUUUGUCUCUAUUGUGUGAAAAUACUAUAUGGCUUUUAUCUAUCUGAUGAUAUUGAAGAAAGCUAGAAUACUUUUCUUACUCAAGCUGUCAUGUCUUACAUUUCA